AUGUCAUCACCAUUCGGGAGUUCGUCGACACGUCGUCGACCGAUCUCGCGAUUGCAAGCUGAGGAGAGAGUGCUUGAUCGAAUCUCUCGAGAUGCUGAAGAACGAAUGCAAAAGAAACGACAAGCAAGGGAAGAAGCCAGACAGAUUAGGAUGAGUCAAAUCGAGAAGAAAAUUGUCGAAGAAGAUGCCGAACACUACCGGGUCGACGGAGCUAGUACAUCUAACGGUCGCACCUCCUCUAUCUCCGAAGAUAAACUCGUCCUUCAGGAUAAAAUCGGAGAGUUGGAGGACAAAUUCCAACAGGCCAUGUACAUGUACUCGCAGCUAGACAACGAAAAAUCUGCUUUGUUAUACGAGGUAGAUUUGCUGAAAGAUGAUUUGGAAGAAAAGGAAGUCCUCUAUUCACAAUCACAAAAAGAAUGUCGCGAUUUGAAUAGCGAAGUGAAAGCAUUGAAGAGAACAAUCGAUGGACUGAAAGCUCAGCAACAGCAACUUCGAACCGAGAUCGCUCAUCGAGACUUUUUAAUACAGGAAAACGGCUUGACUCUGAUCCAGACAAUGACCGAGAACCCCGAUCGGCCGACUGAAGUCACAAUCUCCGAUCCGAUUAUCUUUUCAAUUGAAACGACGAAAGCCCUUGACAAGGCGAUUCCCGGAUCAGCAAGUGUUGAUGAGAAAAUUCGAAAGCUCAUUGACACGAAUAAAAAGAUGCGCAAAGACAUCGAAGAAAUGGAGCAAAUGAUGUUGGCGAGAAGGCAACGACAAAAUGAACGAGGGGACACUCUCCUGAAUGGAGCAAACGAUGAUGUCAACAAAGAGGCCGCGAAACAAUUGGGCGAAUAUAAGUUGAAGUUGCAAGAAGCGGAAAGGGAAAACACGAAUAUGCAAGGAAAUUUGAUUCGAAUCGAAGGGCAAAUGAAGCGUUACAAACAGGGCCUGGAAACUUCAGAGAAAGAAAUCGAUGAUAUGAAAAAGGAAAAUCGAACGCUUAAAAAAGAGCUUCGAGAUGCGACGAAUGCAUUGGACGAGGCAAAAGACACGAAUCGACACUUGCAGAGUCGACUCGACAAGCUGCGCAAUUCACGUGUUUAUCCAACAACAACAACAGCUAAUACAGACAGU